AUGAACCAAAGAAAUACAAUACAGCCAGUGAGGAGCAAUAAUUCUACGAAAUUGGCUGUACCAGCUCGACAUUCUCAUACCACCUCAGUGUCUUCAUUUAACAAUGCCAGUUUUACAACGCAGUUUUUACCCAACCAACCGAAACCCACACGGACAGGUUCUAGCAGUGGUCAUUAUAGAUUAUCACGAACAACCACAAAUACUACUGGUGACAAUUAUUCAACACAAGAUACACAGAGUGUUGCUACUUUAGACAAAGUACCACCCACAAAGCCAAGUGCAACUUAUCUGGAUAAAUUAUGGACUCAAAUUGACGUAUUGGAUGAUGUGAAAAAGAUGGCAGAGGAAGUUAGAAGCAAGGGCUCGUUUUUUAAUGACAAUUUCAAUCAGCAAUUGAAGAAACUUAAGGAACUGCAGGAUAAACUAUUGAAUACCAUGUCGACUCAACAAUUUAAUGAUUUUAAUUCCAAAGAACAUCAAAAGCAACAUUUUUAUCAAUUGAAUACUAUAAGCCCGACAGUACACCCUUCUGAUAAUCUAUUUAAAGAAGAUAAAAUACUUCAUGAGGAUGAAGAACAACAAAAGCAGGAACAAAAGAAGCAGGCGAAGCAAGAAAAGAUCAAUUCAUUUUUCAAGUCUGACGAUAAGCAAGAGGACCUAGAGUUUAAAAACCAAACAAUAUACCGUAAAGAGAAUUUUGAGGAGAUAAACCAGUAUGUUGCACAGAUCAAGAAAGAUUUAAAGGGACUUGGGGAGUCUAUGAAAGAAUUUGACGAAUCUACAAGAGAAAUCUGGUAA